GCCGCGGGAGCCGCCGGGCCGGCGGGGAGAGGCCGCAGGGCAUGCCAGCCGCCUGCCCCGAUGUUUCCCUGGAGCAAGUGGAAGAAGAGGAUGGGAGCGAGCGCCUCCUCCUCCAAGAGACCCGUCUUCGACGAGCGAGAGGACGUGAACUUUGACCACUUCCAGAUUCUCCGGGCCAUUGGGAAGGGAAGCUUUGGCAAGGUGUGCAUCGUGCAGAAGAGGGACACGGAGAAGAUGUACGCCAUGAAGUACAUGAACAAGCAGCAGUGCAUUGAGAGAGAUGAGGUGCGCAACGUGUUCCGAGAGCUGGAGAUCCUGCAGGAGAUCGAGCACGUGUUCCUGGUCAAUCUCUGGUAUUCCUUCCAGGAUGAGGAGGACAUGUUCAUGGUGGUGGACCUGCUCCUGGGAGGCGACCUGCGCUACCACCUGCAGCAGAACGUGCAGUUCACUGAGGAGACAGUCAAACUGUACAUCUGUGAGAUGGCGCUGGCCCUGGACUACCUGCGGAGCCAGCACAUCAUCCACAGAGAUGUAAAACCAGACAACAUCCUCCUCGAUGAACAAGGUCAUGCCCAUUUAACAGAUUUUAAUAUUGCAACCAUCAUUAGGGACGGGGAAAGAGCGACAGCAUUGGCUGGGACAAAGCCAUACAUGGCCCCAGAGAUUUUCCACUCCUUCCUGAGCGGCGGGACGGGCUAUUCCUUCGAGGUGGACUGGUGGUCCCUGGGCAUCAUGGCCUACGAGCUGCUGCGGGGCUGGAGGCCGUACGACAUCCACUCCAACAACCCCGUGGAGUCCCUGGUGCAGCUCUUCAGCACCGUCAGCGUGCAGUACUCCUCGGCCUGGUCCAAGGAAAUGGUCGCGCUGCUGCGCAAGCUGCUGACGGUGAAUCCUGAGCAUCGCUUCUCCUGCCUGGCGCACAUCCAGGCCUCGGCCCAGCUCUCGGGCGUGGUGUGGAGCGACGUGAGCGAGAAGCGCGUGGAGCCGGCCUUCGUCCCCAACAAGGGCCGCCUGCACUGCGACCCCACCUUCGAGCUGGAGGAGAUGAUCCUGGAGUCACGGCCCCUGCACAAGAAGAAGAAGAGGCUCGCCAAGAACAAGUCAAGGGAUAACAGCAAAGACAGCUCGCAGUCUGAAAAUGACUAUCUCCAGGAAUGCCUUGAAGCUAUCCAGCAGGACUUUGUCAUCUUCAACAGAGAGAAGCUAAAGAGGAGCCAGGAGCAGCCCAGCGAGUCCGUGUCUGCCUCUGAGAGCACCGAGGAGGCCGAGGCCGAGCCCCUGCACAUGUGCAGCUCCGUGUGCUCCUCGGGCAGCAGCUAGGCCGGGCCGGCCGCCGCCCUCACCUGUCCUCAGGUGCGCCGAGCACCCGAGCCCGCCGGACAGCACCGGCAGCUGCCCCGAGACUGGAGCACGCCAGAUUCACACAGGACUGCCCUGCCCGGGCUGUGGAUGGCCAGCCCAGGAGCCAGAUUCACACAGGACUGCCCCUGCCCGGGCUGUGGAUGGCCAGCCCAGGAGCCAGAUUCACACAGGACUGCCCCUGCCCGGGCCGUGGAUGGCCAGCCCAGGAGCCAGAUUCACACAGGACUGCCCCGCACCAAGGAUGGCCAGCCCAGCCCAGCCCAGCUGCCCCCGAGAGCUGCAGCAAGCCAGAUUCACACAGGACUGCCCCGGCCAUGGCUGCCUGUCGGGGAAGAUACGGCCUAUGCAACUUGUCAGGAGGAGAUCAACUUAUUUAGUCUUUCUGUUUUUGUGUCAGGUUGCUGAUCCACACGUUUUUAAUGCAGUGAGAGGACAGGGAACGAAGCCAUGUCCUUGGGCCCCACGGGGAGAGACAAGGAGCAGGGAGGAAGGCCAAAGAGGUGGUGUGAGCUUGGCUUUGGCACUCCCUGUUCACAAAUGCUGCUCUGGGGAUGGGCAAUCCCUGUGCAAACCAGAGCAGCCCCAGGGCUCUGGCACCAGCUCCUGGGAGCCUCCAGCUGCUUGGGUCCUGCAGCACAAGGGUGUCCCAGGCACCUCAUUGUCCCUGUGUCACCUGUCAGUUCCUUCAGAUUCAAGGCAAAUAAAUGUUUUGUGUGCACUCCACGGAUUCUUCAGGGGCUGGCUAAUGGUUCAAUGUGUAUUUGAGAUGCAGAAUGCAUUUAAAGUGUUUUCUUCCUUGACGUGGCUGCUGCAGGCAGUGAGGAGCUGUGGAAUGGGUUGGAGGGUCUGGCUCCGUGUGCCCAGGCUCAGAGGACACAGUUUAUCACAGGCUGAGGUUUUGUUGGAGGCAGAGUGGGUGGCCUUGCAAGGCUGCUUGGUUAUGAAAGACAGGAAUAUUGUAUUUCACCCUUCGAUUUACUUUAUUUUCAGUGUAAAGUACAAGUACUGUAUAUAAUUUGCCAAUACCUGUCUUAACUUCUUACUAAGACGGGAAAUCUUCCCUUGCUCCAGCUGUGGGUGUUGCUGUUCUUGUUGCAGGUCCUUCACUGUGUUGGUUGUUGACCCUGCUGCAGAGGGAGGGGUUUUUGGUUGCUGUGAGCCCGAGCCCUGCAGUGCCACAGGACUGCUCCAGGUGUGUGGUGGGACCACAGUCACCAUCAGCCAUCAGCAGCUGUUUGUGCCAGGCACUGCAGGCUGCAGUGUUUGCACCCCUGCUGGGCAUUCCUGAUGCAGAAACGGAUGGGAGGUGUUUUUAACAGAUCACAUUCUGUCAGCACCAGUUUUGCUGCGGUUUUUGUUUCCAUGAACAAACCAGAAAGGCAGAAUGGUACAAAAUGAUCUUCCACAGGCAAGGGCACGGCAUGUGUGUCUCCCACAGUUUUAUGUGGGAAUCAGUGUGUGGCUGCACUUGUGCAGAGAUGUGUUUUCAGUGAAUUCUUUAGGGCUGUGCAGGAGGAGGGGAGCUGCAGCUCUGGCUCCAGUUGCAUGUUUUUUUUCAGGGCAGAGCCAGUUAUGAAUUGCAGGUGAUUUACUCCAGCACUGUGGGUAGGGUUUUACAGUGAAUUCCAUUGCACUAUUUGGAAACUUCCUGUAAAUAACAGCAAAAUUUUGGACUAUUGGAAUGACAAGGAGUAGUGCUGAUUUUUUGACCAAACCAUCCCACAGAUGAGUGUGAAGAUACAUCCUCUUCAGCCAGAAGCUGUCAGGCCAGGAGAGGUGUUGGCAGUUACAGGAUGUGUGUAAUUGAUGUUUUCAUUGCUUCCUUAGGACAAGAGACAAGUGUGCUGGGGGCUGGUGUGUGUGGGGAGGAGCUGGCUUGCUUCUCAAGCUGAGCCUUCUCAGCCCAAGCCCUCUCUCUGUCGCUCACCCAUUCCCCUUGCGGCGCUCCCCUUCUCCAGUGCUCUGUGCAACUCAGCUCAGCAGCACCUGGCACCAACCAGGAGGGCUUCUGGGGAUGCCAGGGAGCGGCUCCUGCCCAGGGGAAUCACUCUG